GACCAUUCUAGGUACCAUAAUGAUGGCGGGGACCCCAUCUCUCAGCUUGAAUUUCGACAUACUUUGUCGGAGCUGUACGAUAGCUGGGGAUAUCGCCUCCCGGACCGUCAGAUAAACAAUCAUGAAGCUCCAACUGCUACUCGCACUAGCUGCGACUGCGAGCUGCAGUAUUCUUCCCAAACCUCAGCUCACCGAGCAGCUCCCAAUUGGGCAGAAAAACAGUCUCGAAGACCGCAUCAACGCGUCUCCUCUUCUCUCACUGCACCGCGAUCUCGUCAAGAUCGAAUCCGUCACAGGGAACGAGUUCGACGCGGGCCAAUUCCUCAUUGGAUACCUCUCAAAGCACAACUUUACCGUCGAAAUCCAGCAAGUCACUCCGGCAGAUAACCUUGAGGCCCAGGAUGGAGAAGACGUGAUUUCAACUUUCCGCAAAGAGCGCUUCAACGUCCUCGCAUACCCGGGCAAGACGCGCAAGACCAAAGUCCUCGUCUCAAGCCACUAUGACACCGUGCCGGGCAACUAUCCCUACGAGACACGCGGAGAAGACGAGAUCUGGGGCCGUGGCAGCGUCGACGACAAGGCCAGCGUUGCAGCCCAAAUCACCGCCGUCAAAGAUCUACUCGCGUCCAAGGAAGUUGGAGAUGGCGACGUAGGACUUUUGUUCGUGGUCGGCGAGGAAAAGGGAGGCGACGGCAUGCGGCACGCCAAUGAGCUCGGCCUCUCCUGGGACGCCGUCAUCUUCGGCGAGCCCACAGAGCACAAGCUCGUUGCAGGCCACAAGGGCAUGUGCGGCUUCACCUUGACCGCCAAGGGCAAGUCCGGCCACAGCGGCUAUCCCGAGCUCAGCAUCAAUGCGAACUCGUUGAUCAUUCCUGCGCUUGCUGCCCUGAAUGUUCUGGAGAUGCCUAGCUCCGAGAAGUUCGGCAAUAGCACGAUCAAUAUUGGUCGCAUCGCAGGAGGCGUUGCCGCCAAUGUUGUUCCCGACCAUGCCGAGGCCAAUGUCGCCAUCCGCAUCGCUGCUGGCAACGCAGAAGAGAUGCGCAGCCUGGUUCUCAAGACCGUCCACGAGGCCGGCGGCAAAGAUUUAAAUGUCCGGUUUGAGAGCCAGGGAUACGCUCCCGUCAACUGUGACACUGAUAUCGAUGGAUUUGAUACUCUUACUGUCAAUUAUGGCACUGAUGUUCCCUACUUGCUCGGAAACCACAAACGCUAUCUCUACGGCCCUGGCUCCAUCUUCGUUGCUCACUCUGACCACGAGCACUUGCGCAUCGGGGACCUCGAGCGCGCCGUCAAAGAUUACAAGACCCUUGUACGCGAAGCCCUGAAAAAUGCCAGGGCGAGUGAUGCUACUGCGGUCGAGUAUAUUCCAGAUGGAAGCAUCAACGUCUAAAACAAGUUGCAUCGAAUCGCUGAAUUGAAAAGGUCCAUUCUACUCUCGCCUUGAACGCUUCAUGUAUAUAGGAAGUGUGCAAGUUGCGAACGAAAGGAGCAUAUCGCUCCUUUUUCUUGGCUUUUUUUUUCGAGUUCCUUUCUUUCAUGUGAUGGUUCCGACCAUGGGGCUACAAAAUCGCACGACUAAUCUUUUUAUUAGCUCUAGCCAACACGGAGGAAAUGACC